UCAUUGGUUAGAAAACGAGCGUGUCACAAGUGAGACUGAGACAACUAUAGCGGCCUUAGACCAAAAAGGGAGACCGGCCGGUGCCGACGUUGCUACGCAUUCGAAAAAUUCAAAUUACGAAUUUAUCGCUCCUAUACUAUUUCAGUUUAUUAUAACCGGCCAGUGUUUUGUGUGCUAUUUUAUUAUAGCAACACUGUUUUUGACGAGUAAGCAGUGAGUACGUGUUGCAAUUUCUACCGGUGUUCGUUGAGUCAUGCCGUUUUAGUGACGUUUUUAUCGUGAAUUGUGAUAAUUCUUUUAAGAUAGUACGUUCCUAAUAAUCAUCAAUAGUUUUAGCAUUGGUGUUGUGUUAGCUGCACGAGCUACUUCAAGAUAAGAUAAUUUUAAAAACAAAGCUAAUUUGAAGACAAAAUGAAGCUCUCCCUCCUCCUCCUCUGCAGCCUGCUGCCAUUCAUCAGGACAGAAGAAGAGAACCCGUUCUUGGACCUGGCUUCCUCCUUCAUCCAGAAUAUGGGGGAUGGGGGUGAUGGCAUGGGGGCGCUCGGAAGCAUCGUGGGCUCGCUGAUGCAGGGGCAAGAUGGAGGGAAUGCCGGAGAUGUUCUGUCAGGAAUCGGAAGCUUACUCAGCGGGCAAGACGGCAAAAUCGAUCCCGCCAUGAUCGGCUCUAUGAUCUCCAUGUUCGCCCAGAUGAACUCCAAUGAACCCAAGCAACGCCAGAAACGCCAAAACAACGAGAAACCUGAAUUAAACCUGGACAGUAUCCUCAGCAUGGCUUCCGGUCUCUUGGGAAACAAGAAUGUGGCGUCCCUGCUUCCAGUGGUCAUGAAUACUCUGAAUACCCUGUCGAACCCGGAAAAUAAGGAGUUAGCUGAUGGACAUAAGGACCAUGCUGACUUCUUGCCACCUUUCUUGGAGAAGCUGCAUCUUUAUUGGGAUCUUUUCACUGAGUCUGAAUUGGGAAAAGUGAUCUGGGAGAAGUCAGGCCUGAAGCGGGCCCUGAAAGCCUUCACCGGCUCCGAUGGCAGCCUGAGCUUCGAGCUGAUGAUGAAGAGCUUCGAGAACCACUCCUUCAGAAGGCACUGGAUAAAGGCGGCUGCGAGAUACUUGACCGAUCUGGUGAUGCAGAUCGCGAAGCCUGAAGUUUAUCAGAGGUAUAUCGGCGCCGCGGAAUACAUCAUUAACAGCUUCCUGGACGCGCAGGGCCUGCCGCGCAGCACCCACUUCAACGUAAAGGCCCCGGAGAAGUCCAUCACGGUGCUCCUCAACUUUGUGCUCAAGCGGUACCUCAACGUUGACACUGAUGUCGCGUCGUACGUCAAACCCGCCAUGGAUAACUUGAUGCAAACCUUGAAGAUGGCUCAAGCGACCUCCGCCAGGCUGGCCAGCCGCGGGGACUACAACGCUCUUGCCGACCGCGUGACAGACACCCUCAAUUUGGAGAUCAUUGAGCCAGUGCUGAGGGUCUACAGAGCUUACAAGCAUUCAGUGACUGCACCGCAUUGCCAAGAGCAUCUGAUGUGUCUGGUUAACAAGCGCCACGACCAAGACAAGCAAGGACUACCCGGCUUCAAGGCGGGUCUCACAAAGGUAGCCAGCAUGGCGGCGUCGGCCGCGCUAAGCUUCCAAAAUGGAAAAGGAUUCUGGGACCUUUACAACGCGAUCCAAAGCGAUGUCAACUGUGAGGCAAAGUACCCCGCUGACUGUGCUUCAUUCCACGAACACGAACUGAAGGUCACCACAGAAGUAUACCACAGUGAAUUAUAAACUAAUUUUAUGUAGCAACACUCGCCGACGAUGCUUAUCGAAUUUAAACCUUAUUGAAUAUGACAAGAGGCAAUAUUCGCCUGCGAGUUUUAGUUUUUUUUUUAUUUAGUACAGGGAACAGUGAAUUGAGAUUGAGAUCUAUAGGUACAUAAUAAUAAUGUUUAUUAUUAUUUUAAUAAUUUAAAUCAUAAUAAUUAUGUUUUGAAAAUGUAUUUAUGAAGAUACGUUGACUAUACAUAUUUUUAUUUCCUUAAGUUUUUCAAUGUAAAGUAAUAUUUAUAUUAGAUUUUACAUACGGUUAGAUAAAUAAGUUACUUAAAGAAAGUUUUCAUUCUACCUACAAAUCCUAAUUUUAAUAGGUACGGAAGCAUUUUUUAUGUGAAUAGAUUUAAUUUAUGUACUUAGUUUUAAAGUACUUAAGAGUAAAUUAUGUUUUUGCUGGACAUUGGUGCUAAAAUAUCAAAUAUCGCAUAUUUUUCUUUUCUGAUUCCUAUUUAAGAAAUAACUUUACUCAUUAAAACACAUCCUAUUUUUCUCCUUUAAUAUCUCUGCUCAAAUAUUAUUUAUUUAAAGCAUUAGCCUGGAUAAAGACUAAACAUUAAGGUAAUUUCAAUCAAUUAAUAAAAAUCUUCUUUCAUCACAUCAUUUCCAACAUUUUCUGAUAAGUCUUCCUCAUUUUUUAUCGUCAUAUCUUUCUUACCUGUAUCAUUUCAUAUUUACCAGUCGCUUUUCGGUAAAGGAAAACAUCGUGAGGAAACCGAACUAAUCCCGAUAAGGCCUAGUUUACCCUCUGGGUUGGAAGGUCAGAUGACAGUCGCUUUCGUAAAAACUAGUGCUUACGCCAAUUCCUGGGAUUAGUUGCGAAGCGGACCCCAGGCCCCCAUGAGCCGUGGCGAAAUGCCGGGACAACGCGAGGAAGAUGAUGAUGAUUUUCAUAUCUGUUUUAUUAAUCUUAAUUAGUAAUUAUCAUAUUAAAUGGUCAAUCAACUUUUUGUUGAUGUUAUUCUAUUCCGUUGUCUCAUAGAAAAUACGUAUUUACAUUUAGAAAAAAAUACAUUUAUAUACAGCGGGCGAGGUGUUCAAAAUUACCUUGACAAUUUUAUUCUCUUAACAAUAAAGUCGCGUCAAGAUCAUUUUGAACACCUCGCCCGAUCAGCAACUAUUGCUGCUGACUGUACGUUAACAUGAUCAAGCAUAGGAUGUGGCCCACAAAAUAUAGCUAAUAAUUGGCGCAAAAUAAAUAGUAAAUUUUGUAGAUCGGUAUUCUUUUAAUUCAAACUUUUGUUCAUUAGAUUUGAAGAUCAAACGAACUUACCAAGUGAAGUUCGAUCGAAAUUAUGGGAACAGCUUGAUUAUGAAAUAACAGCUAACUCUCUUUAAAAUUGCUUAUUAGGUUGAAAUUUUCACAUAGGGCCUAAGGGUCGGCGCACCAAACUGUCUGUUACUGUAACGGCCCGGCCACGACAUCGCGCGGCGGCGGCCAUAGGUUGGAGCGAGACAGAGCGACCGGACCUCUCGUUCCCAUCUAUGGCCGCCGCUCGCCGCUGCCGCCGCCGCGCGAUGUCGUGGCCGAGCCGUUAAAGCGUGGUUAAAGCGUUCACGAAAUCUUAUUGUAUGGGAAGUUUCAUAGUUCACUGUUGAAUGACGUUGGCCAGUCAGCUAAUUGUGGUUGAUGCAAUUGGCCCCUAUUGUUCGAGUACAACUGUCCAAGAGACGUAACCAUAGUAACGACGUACAAAACAAAGUUGAUUGACCUCAAAUUGACUUCCGAUUCAUUUAUAAGCGGUUGUGAUCGUGUAAAUAUGUAUCAGUAUCCCGUCCUACAUUAUAAUAAGUUUAAAUAAAAUGGAAUAAAAUAAACAAUUGACUGAAAA